AUGCUGUCCUGGAGGCUGCAGACGGGCGCGGAGAAGGCUGAGCUGCAGGAGCUCAAUGCCCGGCUCUACGACUACGUGUGCCGGGUGCGGGAGCUGGAACGCGAGAACUGGCUCCUGGAGGAGGAGCUGCGCGGCCGGCGCAGCCAGGAGGACCUGUGGGCCGAGGGCGAGGCCCGCUUCGCCGAGGAGGCGCGCGCUUUGCGGCAGCAGCUGGACGAGCUGAGCUGGGCCACAGCGCUGGCCGAAGGCGAGCGCGACACGCUGCGGCGCGAGCUGCGGGAGUUACAGCAGCUGAGCGCGGAGACACGCGCCGCCCGCGGCCGCCUGGACGCCGAGCUGGGCGCGGAGCAGCGCGAGCUGCAGGAGGCUCUGGGCGCGCACUCCUCCCUCGAGGCGCUGCUAGGCCGGCUGCAAGCGGAGCGCCGUGGCCUCGGCGCGGCCCACGAGCGCGAUGUGCGGGAGCUGCGCGCGCGCGUCGCCAAUGUGACCCUGCACUACCGCGCCCGUGCCACAGGCCCCGCCGCGCCCCCGCCGCGCCUGCGAGAGGUGCACGACAGUUACGCGCUGCUGGUGGCCGAGUCAUGGCGGGAGACCGUGCAGCUGUACGAGGACGAGGUGCGCGAGCUGGAGGAGGCGCUGCGGCGCGGCCUGGAGAGCCGGCGCGAGGCCGAAGAGGAGACGCGGCUGUGCGCGCAGGAGGCGGAGGCACUGUGGUGCGAGGCGCACGAGCUCGAGCAGCUGCGCGCGCGGCUGGAGGAAGAGCUGCUGCGGAUGCGAGAGGCUUACGAGCUGCAGGCCGAGGAGCGGCAGAGAGUGAUUGACUGUUUGGAAGAUGAGAAGGAAGCCCUCACCUUGGUCAUGACUGACCGGCUGCGGGACUAUCAGGAGCUCCUGCAGGUGAAGAAUGGCCUCAGCCUGGAGGUGGCAACCUACCGAGCCUUACUGGAAGGAGAAAGUAAUCCAGAAAUACUGAUCUGGAAGAAGCACAUUGAAGAUGUACCGCAAGAAUUCAGAAACACAUCCUAUCAAUAUACCAACUCAGUAUUACAGAGGGAAAAUGAAAGAAAUCUAUUUCCAAGGCAGAAAGUACCUCCAGUGAGUUUGAAUCACAGCUCCAGGCUUUAUUCUAACCUGUUGGCACACCCUGGAUCUCAGAUGAGCACGCGUACUGGAAGUGCUGCCCGAGGUAGCUUCCUGGGCUCAGGAUACUCAUCCUUGGCCACUGUCCGGCAGGAAAACGCUUAUGAAAAAAUGGCCAGCGAUCAAACCAGUUUCAGAACUUUUUCUCCAACCUAUGGUCUUUUAAGAAAAACUGAAGCACAGGUGAAAACACUCCCUGAAAGACCGAAAACCGAAGGUACAAGUGAUGCCACCAGUUAUAUAGCCAGAGGCUCCACCGUUGCCCAAAAGUCAUACCAAGAACACCGAGACAACAUGGCGGCGGGCGCAUCUGAGAGCACGAGGUCGAAUGAGAGGGCUGUCACUCUGGGAAAGGAAACAGAAGUGAAGGCCACACAGGAGCAAGGCAGAAACAUACCAGUAACUAUCAGAACAAAGCAAGAAGAGAAAGUGUUUGAUUCCAAAGAGAAGGCUUCUGAGGAAAGAAACUUAAGGUGGGAAGAACUGACAAAGUUAGAUAAAGAAGCAAGAAAGAGGGAAAGUCAGCAAAUGACGGGAAAGGCUAAAGAGAACGAAUCGCUGAAGGAGAAAAAUGUGCAAGAAAGAGAGAUACCAAUUACUCUAGAAGCAUCCCAGGGCAGCACCCCAGAGGUGUCUCCAAAAGGCUUCCAGACGUCUGUCAAGAAGGAUGUUGGUGGUGGGACAGGUGGAGGGGUGGAAACAAGAGAGACGAGGUUCAGGAUGGACACAGGCGACACCCCCAGCUCUAUGAAAGGUGACUCCAUGACUGAAACCAUUGCAGAAAACAUUGUCUCCAGUAUCCUUAAGCAGUUUACCCAGUCUCCAGAUACAGAAGCAUCUGCUAAUUCUUUCCCAGACACGAAAGUCACUUACAUGGAAAGGAAAGAGCUUCCCGGUGACAGGAAAACAAAGACUGAAAUCAUCAUGGAGUCUAAACUGACUGAGGAUAUCGAUGUUUCCGACGAAGCUGGCCUGGACUACCUUUUAAGCAAGGAUGUGAAGGAAGUGAAGCUGAAAGGAAAAUCCGCUGAGCAAAUGAUAGGAGAUAUAAUCAAUAGUGGUCUGAAAGGAAGAGAGGGGAGAGCAAAGGUUGUCAGUGUGGAGAUCAUUGAAGAGCCCAUGAGCUACGUAGGGGGAGAGAAGGCAGAGGAGUUCCCCACCCCGUUUGAAGUGGAGGAGGUCGACGAUGUGUCUCCAGGUUCCAAGGGACUUGUUGAGGAAAAGGAAAGUUAUAGAGAAACAGAUACCACUUUCUCAGUCAAUCAAGAUAAAAGGACCAAGCAGCCCCCUGAGAACACAGCUCAUGUUGAAGAAGUGACGGAGGCAGAUGACUGGGAGGGAGAGCAGAGUUACUUUGUGUCAACUCCAGAUGAACACCCAGGGGGCCAUGACAGAGAGGAAGGCCCCAUGUACGGGCAGAUCCACACUGAAGAAGAAUCCACCAUCAAGUACUCGUGGCAAGAUGAGAUUGUGCGAGGGACUCAGAGAAGGAAGAGGGACGACUCAUUGGGAGAGAAAGUUGUGAAGCCAUUGGAUGUUCCAGCUCCCUCUAUGGAGGGGGGCCUGGAUUCUUCUCACUGGAGAGAACAAGCUAAAAGUGGCGAGUUUCAUGCUGAGCCCACAGUCAUUGAGAAGGAAAUUAAAAUACCACAUGAAUUUCACACAACCAUUAAGGGAGUCUUCUCCGAGGAACCCAAACACCAGGUGGGGGAGGUUAUCGGGCAGCUGGAAGAAAGCCUUCCAGAGCGAGUGAGGGAAGAGCUGUCUGCCCUCACUCGAGCGGGUGCGGGCGAGCCUGGGAGUGUUUCAGUGGAUGUAAAGAAAGUCCAGACCUCUGGCGGUGGCGCCAUGACCUUAGUUGCUGAAGUCAACCUCUCACAGACUGUAGAUGCUGAUAAGUUAGACCUCGACAAGCUGAGCAGAGAUGAAACCAGUGAAAUAGAGAGAGCCGUGGAGUCGGUGGUCAGAGAGAGUUUGACCAAGCAACACAGCCAUGUGCCCGAAAGCCUUGACAUGAAACGCGGAACGGAGGCCCUAGCCGCUGGCACUAGCUUCAAGCGCUGGGCCACUAGGGAACUGUACAGCCCCUCUGCUGAAGGGGAUGAUGCCGGCCCGGCCUCGCCCAGCACAGAGCAGGUCAGCCACCAGGGUCCCGUGUCCGCCACCGUGGAAGUCAGCAGCCCCAGGGGCUUUCCCCAGUCACAGGUGUUGGAGGACAUAAGUCAGUCUGUAAGACACAUUCAAAUAGGCCCCGCUGAGAUUUGGAGGACUGAGCAAGUCUUGUCUGAAGGACCCACUACAGAAGUGGUGGAGGUAAGUGGAGAAGGUGACCUUGAUGAGGCAGAGCCCUCAGCAGGAGCCAGCUGGUCUGUGAGGCAUCUUACGCUGGGUCCUAGUCAGAGUCAAAUGUCCCAAGAAGUCUUCGUCCAGGGGCCUGUCCCUACCGUUCAGGAGGAAAGGGGCACAGAAGAGCCUGGCCAGGCUGAGUUUUUUACAGACACUGACCAAUCGGGGAGGCACAUCAUGCUUGGCUCCAAACAAUUUCAUGCUAAAAAGGAAAUUAUUUUUCAGGGCCCCAUUCCUGGGGCAGGGAAGGUUGGUGAUUAUUUUCAAACUGAAGAGUCCACAGGUACCCAGGCUUCUGUAAGUCACCUCAAAUUAGACCCCAAAGAAGGGUUCAGUGAGCAAAUCCAAUUCACAGCCCCCCUUUUAGAGGAAAUGGAGUCAAGUGUCAGAGGAGGUUCUGAACACACUGGCGAGCUGUCUGGUCACAGCACAUCCACUAGGCACAUCCAAAUUGGUGCUCAGAAGCUCCAAACCACUGAGCAGAUAGUUUACCAAGGGCCCAUUCCCCAGGCCAUGGGAUUUAGUGACUCAGAAAGCAUUGUCCACAGAGAGGGCUCAGCAGACAUAACCCAAGCCACUCGCACUUACACCUCAGGAAGAACAAUUCUCAUGACUGACAAGAGCUCCUUCCAAGGGGCUGCUCCUGAAUCUCCUCUGGAGGACAGUGCAGGAGGUGCGUCCGAGGCAGAAGUGACAUCAGACGUUAGCAGGUCCUUUAGGCACAUUAGACUAGGUCCUGCAGAAACCGAAACCUCCGAACACAUCGUCUUCCACGGACCCGUUUCCAAAACGUCUGCACUUGCUGGUGCAGCGGGUUCCCCUGAGUUAGGUGAGUUAGCAGACAGCAGCAGGUCGAUAAGGCACGUUACACUGGGGCCCAAAGAAACUUCCUUUACCUUUCAGACGGAUGUGAGUCAUGUAGAGGCGACCCCCAGCUCUGCCCAAUGGACACAAGAGGCCACGGUCCACUUCCCUGCAGGGAAGGAAGCGGCAGCUCCCGAUGUGUCUGACGGUGGAGACUGGAGAGACGCUGGCAGUAGGAAGGACCAGGCAGAGGGCAGGAGCUUUCAGGCCUCCGUUGAUGACGGAAACCAGGCCCACAGGCCAAAGGGCAAGGAGCAGGCCGAGUUUGAUAAGCUAGUGCAGCUGCAGAGGAUGGUCGACCAGAGGUCAGUGGUUUCUGAUGAAAAGAAGGUUGCUCUGCUCUAUCUAGACAAUGAGGAGGAGAGCGAUGGGCACUGGUUUUGA